AGGAAGGUGGAGCAAAGCAAACUCUCUUUUUCUCUCUUUUCAAGGGGACUGUUUUUGCCUUACGAAGGAAGUAGUUCAUUUUUCUCGCCAAAAGACAAAAGAAGAAAAACGGACUUAGUUCAUUUGCUCUUCCGAUAAAAGCUUUUAUGAAGGAAUGUGAAGAUGCUUCUCUCUUUCUUUUAAUCAUCCAUGUACUAGGAUUCCUUACUCUGUUGCUUUUCUUACGUUUCCUUUCUUUGUAGCCAAGAAAGAGAAAUAGAGGAACUUGAAAAGAUUGUAGCUUUUGUGGAGUAAAUGAUGGAAGGGAAAGGAUCAAGAGAGAACAGAACAACCCGUCAUGACUGUGGCUUCACUGAUGUUGUGUUUUCUUGGUCUCUGGAGCAAAUUUUUAAUGAAAAUCUUUACAGAGACAAGGUGGAAAAGAUUCCAGACACAUUUGAAUCAGUUGUUCGGUACUUCAAUUCUUAUAUAUUCCCUUUCCUAGAAGAAACACGGGCACAGUUGUGCUCAAGUAUGGAAGUUAUUUCGAGGGCACCAUACGGUGAAGUGAUUGCUUUUGAUGAAUCCAAGCCAUAUGGAGAAAAGCUAUACGAUAUUAAGAUUGACUACUGGAGGAGCAGAUAUAGCUGUCGCAGCAAGGAAUCCUACAAAACGUUGCCUGGAGAUAUUUUGGUUUUGGCGGAUAGCAAGCCUGAAACUGUCUCUGAUUUGCAAAGGAUGGGAAGGACAUGGACGUUUGCAACAGUCACUUCAAUUGUAGAUGAUGAGAAUGAGGAUGACAGUAGCUCUACCUCUUUCAAAGUCAAGGCUUCAGUGGAUCCUGACGUUGGUGAUGGCUUGCGGAAAUCACUUUUUGUGGUUUUCCUGAUAAAUGUAACUCCCAGCAAAAGAAUAUGGAGAUCAUUACACAAGUAUGGAAAUACGAAGGUCAUCCAGGAAAUUUUAUGCGCUGAUUCUGUGAUAGAGAAAGCUUGUGACCUCUGCUCUGUAGAGAGUGAAUAUCUCUGGGAUGAAAAUUGUGCUGUGAUCAGAUCGUCUACUUUGAAUGAAUCCCAAACACAGGCAGUUGUGGCUUGUCUUCGUCUGAUGCAUUGUAAUCACAAGUCUGUAGUCAAGCUUAUAUGGGGUCCACCAGGGACAGGGAAGACCAAAACCGUUAGUGUGAUGCUCUUUACACUCUUCAGAAUGGAGUGCAGGAUCCUUACCUGUGCGCCAACAAAUGUUGCAAUUACACAAGUGGCGUCCAAGGUGCUAAGGAUGCUGAAAGAUUCAUUUCAAGCAGAAUGUGAAACAAAUGAUUCCUUUUGUUCAUUGGGAGACAUUCUCUUGUUUGGGAACAAGGAACGGCUCAAAGUCGGUGCAGAACUUGAAGAGAUUUAUUUGGACUAUCGUGUCCGACAGCUUGCUGGGUGCUUCGGGCCCUUGACUGGUUGGAGGCAUUGUUUUUCCUCUAUGAUAGAUUUUCUCGAGAAUUGUGUUUCUCAAUACCACAUUUUUGUGGAAAAUGAAUUGAUUAAAAUAAAAGAAAAAAAUGAUGAGAAUGAAACCAAGGGGAUUGAAUGCCUGAGCACAAAGGAUAUGAAUUUUCCCAAAUCAUUUAUUAAGUUUGUCAGGGAAAGAUUUCGCGCUACUGUGUCACCAUUAAGAAACUGUGUUUCCAACUUUUGUACUCACAUACCAAAAAGUUACAUUCUGGAACACAAUUUUGAGAAAAUGGUAUACCUUAUUAGUUCCCUCAACUCUUUUGGAGCCUUGUUGGAAGAUGUGAAUGUGUCUUCUGAUGAAUUAGAGGAGCUUUUUUCUGAUGUAGUAGGUGAAGAUUUUCCUGGGUCACUUGAGGGUAUAAGAUACAUGUUGCAUGAGAGAAGAAGUGAAUGCCUAUCAGUUUUGAGAAUUCUCUGGAAUUCCCUCUCUCAACUAAAACUUCCAAGUGUUAUGAACUAUGGAGCGAUAAAGGACUUCUGUUUUCAGACAGCCUCUCUAAUUUUUUGCACUGCUUCUAGUUCAUAUAAGCUGCAUUCGAUUCCAAUGAAACCACUAAGCAUUUUAGUUGUCGACGAGGCCGCACAGUUGAAGGAGUGUGAGUCGACAAUACCAUUACAACUGCCUGGUAUAAGGCAUGCUGUUCUUAUUGGUGAUGUGUGUCAAUUGCCUGCAAUGGUUGAGAGCAAGGCUUCUGAUGAAGCUGGUUUGGGGAGAAGUUUAUUCGAGAGGUUGAGUUCAUUGGGUCACUCCAAAAACCUGCUCAAUAUGCAGUACAGAAUGCAUCCAUCGAUAAGUUUCUUCCCAAAUGCAAAUUUUUAUCACAAUCAGAUCUUAGAUGCCCCAAAUGUCAAAAUGAAAAACUAUGAAAGGCAGUAUCUUCCUGGGAAAAUGUUUGGUCCCUAUUCAUUCAUCAACGUACUCUUUGGAAGAGAAGAAUUUGAUGAUAUGGGACGUAGUCGCAAGAACAUGAUUGAGGUAGCUCUUGUGUUGAAACUACUGCAGAACUUGCACAGUGCAUGGAUUCGGUCAAAACAGAAUCUCAGUGUUGGUGUUAUUUCACCUUAUUCUGCUCAAGUAGUUGCAAUUCAGGAGAAGCUUGGGCAUAAGUAUGAAAACAGUGAUGGCUUUGCAGUAAAGGUGAAGUCAAUUGAUGGUUUUCAGGGUGGGGAGGAAGAUAUUAUAAUACUAUCCACAGUAAGGUCUAAUAGUGGUGGGUCGUUUGAGUUCAUAUCCAAUCAACAGAGAACUAAUGUUGCUCUUACAAGGGCCAGACAUUGUCUCUGGAUAUUGGGGAAUGAAAGAAUUCUUCUUAGUAGCGAAUCUGUUUGGGAAGCUUUAGUUCGUGAUGCUAAGAACCGUCGAUGUUUCUAUAAUGCCGAUGACGACAAGGAUUUGGCAAAAGCCAUAUUAGAGGUUAAGAAAGAGUUCGAUCAGUUAGAUGACUUGCUUAAUGGGGACAACACACUUUUCAAAAAUGCGAGGUGGAAGGUUCUAUUCAGUGAUAUCUUCUUCAAAUCAUUUAAAAGACUGGCUUCAAUCCGGACAAAGAAGUCAGUUUUGAGCCUUCUAUUGAAACUUGCUAGUGGGUGGCGACCCAAGAAGAGAAAGGUAGACUCUCUAUGUGGAGGCUCUUCACAGACUUUAAAGCAGUUCAAGGUUGAAGGUCUCUAUGUUGUUUGCUCAAUUGACAUAAUAAAGGAAUCGAGGUUUCUCCAAGUACUAAGGGUCUGGGAUGUAUUGCCUCUAGAGGACAUUCCAAAACUUGAAAAACGGCUUCAUGAUAUCUUUGCAAAAUAUACUGAUGAUUUUAUCAAUCGCUGCAAAGAGAAAAGUCUUGAGGGGGAUUUGGAAAUUCCGAAGACGUGGUUAACAUCCUCUAAUAUUGUUCGGUUCAAGAAUCUUACUGACAAUGAUACUGAGGAGGAUUUAACUGGUGCUGCUUCUGAAGCUAGAAGUUAUGUUGAAAAUUCAAAGGUCAGUGAGAGUCUAUUGCUGAUGAAGUUCUAUUCCUUGUCAUCCAGCGUAGUUAACUAUUUGCUCUCGAACCGUGAUGGUAAAGAAUUAGACCUCCCAUUUGAAGUGACUGAUGAAGAAUUACAGAUAAUUCUUUUUCCUAGAAGCACCUUUGUACUAGGUCGUUCAGGUACAGGUAAAACAACUGUUUUGACCAUGAAGUUAUUUGAAAGAGAAAGGCUGCACCUCAUGUUGAUGGAAAGAUUACAUGGUGUCCAAAACGAUUCGCUUCUGCAUGGUAAACAGAAAAGUGGGGUUGGUGAGGAUGUUGAAGAGACUAAAAGGGAAACCUUGCGGCAACUUUUUGUGACUGUCAGUCCUAAACUCUGUCAUGCAGUCAAGCAACAUAUAUCUAACUUGAAAAGGUCUCUGUAUGGUGAAAAUUCUUCAACAGAAAGCAGUUCUAUUGAUGUGGAAGAUAUUGAUGAUACAGUGCAAUUCAAGGAUAUCCCAGAUUCCUUUGUUGACGUUCCAUCCAAGGCUUACCCCCUUGUUAUAACAUUUCAUAAGUUCUUGAUGAUGCUUGAUGGAACGCUGGGUGAAUCAUACUUUGAGAGAUUUCAUGAAGCGAGGAAACUUUAUGGUGGUGAAAUUCGAAGUUUAAAAUCAGUUAUCUUAGAGACCUUCAUAAGGAAUAACGAAGUUACUUAUGACAAGUUCAGCUCAUUGUACUGGCCCCAUUUCAAUACACAGCUAACAAAGAAACUUGAUUCUUCCAGAGUUUUCACGGAAAUCAUAUCUUACAUAAAAGGUGGCCCACGAGCCAUGGAGGCAAGUGAUGGUAAACUCAGUCGAGAGGAUUAUAUUCAGUUUUCGGAACGCCGUGUAUCCAGGUUAAGCACGCAGAAGAGUGAGAAAGUCUAUGAUAUCUUCCUAAAUUAUGAAAAAAUGAAGACAGAAAAUGGUGAAUUUGACCUGGCUGAUCUGGUUAUUGAUCUUCAUCUUAGACUCCAGGAAGAAAGGUACAAGGGUGAUAAAGUUGAUUUUGUGUAUAUUGAUGAGGUGCAGGAUCUUACCAUGAGUCAAAUUGCUCUAUUCAAAUAUAUUUGUAGAAAUGUUGAAGAGGGUUUUAUAUUUUCGGGUGAUACCGCACAGACAAUUGCAAGGGGCAUUGACUUCAGGUUCCAAGAAAUACGAUCCUUAUUCUACAAUAAAUUUUUGCUGGAAUCAAGAAGCAGCAUAAAGGAUGGAAGAAAAGAAAAGGGACAACUCUCAGACAUUUUCAAUCUGAGCCAUAACUUCCGUACUCAUGCUGGUGUUUUAAAGUUAUCUCAAAGCAUCAUGGAACUUCUUUAUCAUUUCUUUCCUAAUUCUGUUGAUGUUUUGAACCCUGAGACUAGUCUUAUAUAUGGGGAGCCUCCAGUUUUGCUUGAAUCUGAGAACAAUGAAAAUGCGAUCAUCAGUAUUUUUGGAAGUAGUGGAAACAUUGGACAUAUGGCUGGCUUUGGAGCAGAGCAGGUAAUACUGGUAAGGGAUGAUGUUUCUAGGAAGGAAAUAUAUAGCCUCGUUGGCAAGCAAGCACUAGUACUGACUAUAUUGGAGUGCAAGGGCCUUGAGUUUCAGGAUGUAUUGUUGUACAACUUUUUUGGAUGCUCACCUCUGAAAAAUCAAUGGAGAGUAAUAUACGGGUAUAUGAGAGAGCAAAAUUUACUUGACUCAACUUCAUCUCAUUCCUUCCCUAGCUUCACUGAGGCUAAACACAAUGUCCUGUGCUCAGAACUGAAGCAGUUAUACGUAGCCAUCACUCGUACAAGACAGCGGUUAUGGAUUUGUGAGAAUGUAGAGGAUCACUCCAAACCUAUGUUUGACUAUUGGAAGAAAAAGUGUCUCAUUCAAGUUAGACAGCUAGAUGAUUCACUUGCACAGGCAAUGCAAGCUGGAAGCAGCCCAGAGGAGUGGAAGUCAACAGGAAUCAAGUUAUUUUUUGAGCAUAACUAUGAGAUGGCGACAAUGUGCUUUGAAAAAGCUGGAGACACCAUUUGGGAAAGGAGGUCUAAAGCUGCCAGCCUCAAAGCCAACGCUGACCGUAUGCGUGGUUCAAAUCCUCUAGAGGCAAAUAAGAUGCUCAGGGAAGCUGCCGAAAUAUUUGAAGACAUAGGUCGAGCAGAUUCUGCUGCCAAAUGCUUUUCUGAGUUGGGGGAGUAUGAAAGAGCCGGGAAAAUUUAUCUGGAAAAAUGUGGGGAAUCUGAGCUGGAAAGAGCUGCAGAAUGUUUUUCUCUAGCUGGCUGCUAUGAGCUUGCAGCUGAUGUAUAUGCUAGAGGCAAUUUUCUUGCAGAAUGUCUAUCUGCCUGCACCAAAGGAAAACUGUUUGACAGGGGUUUGCAAUACAUCCAUUACUGGAAACAAAAUGCAGCUGCAGUUUAUAGUCUCAAACUAAGGACUAAAGAAAUUGAAAAUAUGGAACAAGAGUUUUUAGAGCAUUCUGCUCGUCUCUAUCAUCAGCUCAAAGAUAACAAAUCCAUGAUGAAAUUUGUCAAAGCUUUUCUUUCCAUGGAUUUGAUACGUGACUUUUUGAGGUCGUUAGGUUGCCUUGAUGAGCUUUUGUCUUUGGAAGAAGAAUCUGGCAACUUUUUGGAGGCUGCAAAUAUUGCAAAAUUUACAGGUAAUAUUCUUCUUGAGGCCGAUCUUCAAGGAAAGGCUGGGUGUUUUAAGAAAGCAUCAACACUUAUUCUUAGCUAUGUUCUUGCAAACUCACUUUGGUCGUCUGGCAGCAAAGGCUGGCCCCUGAAGGAUGUUUCUCAGAAGAGGGACUUGUUAGCAAAAGCCAAAUCAAUUGCUAAGAAUGAGCCAAGCCAUAUUUAUGAGUUUGUUUGUACAGAGGCUGACAUAUUUGCAUGUGAAAGUAAUUUACAUUUGUUAAAUCAGCAUUUGAUUGCUUCUAGGAUCCAAAAUAAUGUGACUGGUGAAAUACUAUGUGCUCGUAAGAUUCUGGAUGCUCAUCUUCAUUCCAAUUCCUCGAAAUAUUCGUGGGACAAUGAAUUCGUGUUGGAUCUUGUCAAGCAUGCAGAAGACAGAAUCUCUGAAAAUUCCAUUUCAGUGGAGACACUGGUUUACUUUUGGAAUCACUGGAAGGAUAGAAUUAUCUGCAUUUUCAAUUUUCUUGGAUGUAUUGAAAUGCAAGAGACUAAAUAUAGAAACUAUGGAGAAUUCUGUUUGAGUUACCUGGGUGUCAGAAAGCAAAUUGAAAAUCUCCAUACCAAGUAUCUUUUACUAAACCCUGAUGCCUUUUGGGUGAGAGAAUUGGAUGAUAGGAUUCUUCAGAGAAGUGGGAAGUUGACUUUUAUUGAUGUCCGUCAUUUGGUCUCGACUGCUCGGAAUUAUUGGUGUUCGGAGCUACUUUCUACUGGGAUUAAGGUUUUGGAACAUCUUGGUGCACUCCAUGAUUUGUCAGUCAAGAAUGCCAUGCUUAUUUUCCAUCGAAGCAGAUGUCUUGCUCAUAUUUAUGAGGUUGCCAAAUUUCUUUUGGAAUCCGAGGUUCUGAAUCGCAGGUACCAUGACAAGAAGGUGCUGCAAAAAUUUCUGACGCUGUCAACUGAUAACUUCUUUGGCUACAUAUUUCCUUUAGACUGGCAAGAGUCUUUGAAUGAAAAUAUGUUUUCCUUGAGAGCAACUGAGGCUUCUAGGAGUCUUCUUAGUGAAAUUGUUCUUGAGAACAUUGCCUCGGGGAUCAAGCUAACCUAUGGGCAAAUUGGAAGAGUUGCAGUGGUCAGUCUUGGAUCUGUUACGCUAAAUAGUGAUGUACGUGAGAAAGUAUCAAGAAGAUUUGAUGGAGAUUCACAAUGGAAGGCAUUCAUGGACACUCUUUUUGGGAAUGUAAUAUCAGAUGUACCCCAUGGUUCCUUGCCUGGCACAAAUAAUGAAGUCCAGAGCAAUAUUUCUCUCCUGUUUAGAUUCUGUGGAGCUUUGAUGGAGACCUAUGGGGCCAAUUGGAGAAGCGAAGAUGACUAUAUUUCACCACCUUGUUUCAUGUAUCUCCUUGAGAGCCUUCUGCUUAUGUUGAGCUACUACCAGGGUUAUUUCUUCUCUACAAAGUCUUCUUUUGUUGAAUGGUUUAUGUGGCAACGAGACAAUACCAAGCAAUAUUUUAUUGUAGAGCGUGAUGUGAAAAUUCCUCGAGAAAGAAUCUUUAAGUUUGCGGUAGAUGUUAUUAUGCAACUUCUUCAAAACAAGAAUGAUACAAUUGCCUGGAUCAGAAAGUCUAAUAUAGAUGCGAAGGGAUAUCGAGCCCUUGUGUUGAGAUUGGUGGUUAUGUUGUGUUUGCUUCAUGUAAACUUUGGGCAUCUUUUGAAUUUGAUUGUUGACUUGCCAGGUAGGAAUUAUAUUACUGAACAACUGCCUCGAGAGUUUUUCGAUGUCCUCUGGCCAAGAAGGAAACGGAAGAAUGUUGAUGUAAAUGUGCUUGCUGAAGCCCUACAAAAGAUUGGAAAUCCCCUUGUAAUUGUGAGUACUGGGAAGGAUUGUUCAAAGUUUGUCUGCCGUGAUGCCAUUUUUGUGGACCUGAGGGCCAAUCCAUGCAGGGAGGAUGUAAUAAGAAUCUUGUUCCCGAAGAAAAUAAAAAUCUCCGAAAGUCAUACUGGAGCGGUUGAUAAUGAACACCCUAAUUCAAGCAGAGGAGGACUCUGUGCAGAAAGUUGUGAUCAAGGAAAGCAUUCUACGCUUCCAUCUUCAGAGAUUGUUUCUUCUGUUGCAGAAGCUCAGGAUCAUAACGAGCUUAAGCUCCAAAUGAACUUUGACCGAGCAUGGAAGAUGUUGGAAGCUUUUAGAGCGGAUACUGAAAAAUCUGGACCAAGUGCAGAAUCAUUUGCGGUAAUCAAGGUAAAUGUGGAGGAACUUACGGACCUUUUCGCUGCUAUGAGGAGCGUAUGCUUGCAAAGCACUGUUUAUAACAAAGAUAAGCAGUUAUUGGCUGGAAUUGACUGCUGUCUUGACGAACUAAGACUACUUCUUGCUGCGUAUUUGAUUGAGAUGGAAAUUGGGGACAACAUUUCGACGAUCAGGGAAACCUACAAUAGGUUGCUGUCUAUGAAGCAAAAGGUUGAGCCAUUUCUGAAGCUGCUACAGGCACUGAAUUGUGACGAGAAAGGUAACUUCAAGGCUGAGGUACCUAGCAAUUCUGAUGAUAGUAUAAUGAAAGGUAACUUCAAGGCUGAGGUACCUAGCAAUUCUGAUGAUAGUAUAAUGAAGGCUUUGGAGUCCGGUGACACUAGAAAACCAGGUGAUGGUCUAUUGCAGCAAGAUGGAAAAACAUGUGAUGGGGCAUUGGAAGCGCACGACGCUUCUGGUGGCCAGGGUGACGAGGAAGGUAACAGCAAGGCUGAAGAACCUAGCGUUUCUGGAAAGAGUACAGGGACGGCUCAAAAGGCUGUUGUUGAUGAGACUGAAAACCCAGGUGAUAAGCAGAAAACCGAUAAGAAGAAGGCGAACAAAAAGAAAAAGAAUAAGGGAAAAGGAGGCAGGAAAAACAAGUAGCUCACAAACCCAAGAAAAUGGACAAGUACAUAUUAUCCUAGUUGCCUUUCUCUCCUCUUUGUAUCUGUCAUGGAUCAGUACAAACCUUGAGAUUCUUGAAAGUAUUAUCAUUUUGUGUAGAUUGUUGUAAAGCAUCAUGCAGAUGAACAGAUGUCAAGAAAAUUGUUUGCUUUGAGUUACAAUAUAUAUAUAUAUUGUGAUCAAA